CUCCCCCACAAGAGCGAGAAGCCCCGGCUUCCCUGAGUUUGAACUAGGACCAGCCGGAAGUCGCUCAAGUCGCGCUGCUUCCUCACUUCAGACCGCACUGACGGAAACUCAAGCGCUGGCAGAGAGGUUCCGGAGCGAGCCCGUCUGGAGGCUGCAGAAUGGAGACCGGGACCGAGGACUGGGGACUGACUCGCCGCCCGACGCUGGCCUCUUCCUGGGAGGCCGCAUGUGGGGCCCUGACCCAGAGCCUCCUUCUCAGCCGGGCUGGGCUCGGCGCCCCGGACUUCGACUGGGAGGAGCUGCUGGCGCCGCCUGCUCCGGGCCAGGAUCUGGUGAUUUUGAAGAGAAGCCUGAGCAGCCAAGAUGAAAACCCCUGCUUCCUUUACCUGAGGUGUGACCCUAAAGGAGGUGAAGAAAUCGUUUCUAUUGGCAUUUUAAGUUCAGCAAGAAAUAUGGAGGUAUAUCUAGGAGAGGAGUACUGUGGAACCUGCAGGGGCAAGAAUGUUUGUACUGUUCUGGAUAACAGAGCUGCCAAGAAACCUGAUGCUGUGGCUGUAAAUAAUAAUCGGAGCGAGGUCAUGCGGGACAAGGUCUCCCUGGCCAAAGUCACCCAGUGCAAAGCCAUCCCCACUGAGUCUUGCCGUGCCCUCCAGUGUUGUGAUCAAUGUAGACUAUAUGGAAAUUGUGAUUCCCUGCCAUCUUGUUGUUGUGACGUAAAUGAGGGACUCUGACUUGGGAAUGAUGGGCACAAAA